GGAGGGGUGGGGCCUCGGCUGGCCGUCUGGAGCCGUGGGGGAGGCGGCAACAUUGUUUCAAGUUGGACAAAUUGUUAAGGGCUGAGCUUUCCUAGCGUUCCAUCCCGCGCUGGGGCUGCCGUGCUCACCUUGGCCCCCAGGUCCUCCGCCCCGAGUCGGGCCCGCUUUCUUCGGGUUCCCGGGCCCCGCUCCCGGGGGCCUGAGCCGCCUCACUAGCGCUCCAUGGAGAACUUCCAAAAGGUGGAGAAGAUUGGAGAGGGCACGUACGGAGUGGUGUACAAAGCCAAAAACAAGUUGACGGGAGAAGUGGUGGCGCUUAAGAAAAUCCGGCUCGACACUGAGACUGAAGGUGUACCCAGUACUGCCAUCCGAGAGAUAUCUCUGCUUAAGGAGCUAAAUCACCCAAAUAUUGUCAAGCUGCUGGAUGUCAUCCACACAGAAAAUAAGCUUUACCUGGUUUUUGAGUUUCUGCACCAGGACCUCAAGAAAUUUAUGGAUGCCUCUGCUCUCACAGGCAUCCCUCUUCCCCUCAUCAAGAGCUAUCUGUUCCAGCUGCUCCAGGGCCUAGCGUUCUGCCAUUCCCACCGGGUCCUACACCGAGACCUUAAGCCCCAGAAUCUGCUUAUCAACGCGGAGGGGUCCAUCAAGCUGGCAGACUUUGGACUAGCAAGAGCCUUUGGAGUCCCUGUUCGCACUUAUACUCAUGAAGUAGUGACCCUGUGGUACCGAGCGCCGGAAAUUCUUCUAGGCUGCAAGUACUACUCCACAGCCGUGGAUAUCUGGAGCCUGGGCUGCAUCUUUGCUGAAAUGCACCUAGUGUGUACCCAGCACCAUGCUAAGUGCUGUGGGGAACACAGAAGAAAUGGAAGACACAGUCUCUGCCCGCUGUGCUCCUAUCUAGAAGUGGCUGCAUCACAAGGAGGGGGGAUGACCGCAGUGUCUACCCCACACCCCGUGACCCGUCGGGCCCUGUUUCCUGGAGAUUCAGAGAUUGACCAACUCUUCCGGAUCUUUCGGACUCUGGGGACCCCAGAUGAGGUGGUUUGGCCAGGAGUUACUUCUAUGCCUGAUUAUAAGCCAAGUUUCCCAAAGUGGGCUCGGCAAGAUUUUAGCAAAGUUGUGCCUCCCCUGGAUGAAGAUGGACGGAGCUUGCUAUCGCAAAUGCUGCACUACGACCCCAACAAACGGAUUUCAGCCAAAGCAGCCCUGGCUCACCCCUUCUUCCAGGAUGUGACUAAGCCAGUACCCCACCUUCGACUCUGAUGCCCUUCCCAAAGCCCUAUUAACCUUUGGUCUGACUUGACUCUGGGCCGUUUGGACACAGGUCAGCCUUCUGCUCUUUUCUGGCUGUCUUGGCACUCAUCUUUUCUCCUGGCCAGCUAGCUCUGGGGAUUCAGAGGUGCAGGGAAAGAUUAGGUGAAAAGGAAAAAGGUUUGGUAUUAGAUGCACUUAACUCAGCCUCCAGCACCUUCUCUUCUUCUUCUUAGUCAUUACUGAGAAGGAUUGGAACUCGAAACAAAACAUCACUGACCGUUCUCCCCUGUGUCAAGUUUUGCCAUCUCAGUCUUAAACUGUCUCAUAAUUAUUAUGUCCCAUGUUUAGGAAAACAGACCCAGACCUGCUGCCACUGUUUAGUAAAGGCCAACUGAUAAGCAGAAGUCUAAGUUGGGACAUUUCAGAACCAAGCAAGAGGGGUCUGUUUUAAUGAAUUAGACUUAAAAAUAGAUGUAAGCAGUUUAUACCUUAGUUUUAGUGUUUGGCCUUGCCUAGCAAUCAAAGAGGCCCAGUUGGAGAAGCAGAAGAAAUGAUUCCCUUUGAAAGAAAUGACUAUCUUCUCCAGGCAAGAAGAGCCGGAAGGGCACAGGGAUCACGCUCUGCUGCAGUCUGUUCAUGGUGGUUCACACAGCAAGGUGAAAGACACUCUAGUUCUUCCUUUUAGCAAUUUUAUUGUUUUCUGGUGCUGACGACUGAACCCAGGACUUUGCCCUCGCUGAGCAGACACACCACCAGUGAGCCACAUUUCUAGCCCUGUCUUUGGAGUUGUCAGAGGUCCCUGUUGCCAUCUUCCUCUGAGAGUUACCCCUCACUCCAUAGGAGUGGAAGCAAGGCUUUAGAUGUCAUGACAAUGCUGGGAUUUUAAAGGCUUUGACCUGGUUGGGUCAUUGGGGGAAAUUUUCUAUAAGAGAGUGAACAAUUAUAUUUAUAUUUGAAGUUACAGUAGUUUGGAUAUUUUAGUGGUUUUCUUUUCUUUUUUUUUUAGUGUGGAUGGAUUUGUUGCCAUGUGCACUUUGGGAUUCAAUUGUUUAAAGAAAAGAUUUCUUUUAUGAUUUUCUUUCUUCUCCCACCCCUUGUC